CUCAGACAGCAGCUGCUCUGUAAAGACCUGUGAUGGAAAUUUACGCGCACUUCCGCUUUAAAGGCGAAGCUGCGUCCUUCACGAGAGAGUCGCUGUUGAUCCGGAGCCGUCAUCAGAGCAGAUCCGCCUUCAGCCCGACUGGAUUUGCCGCUCCGUGCACACCGCUGCAAGAAAACACGCCGUCUAAACUUAAGUUUUGGGCAUUUUCUUCAAUAUUUUCUCGGGGUUUUACGAGGGAACCCCCCCAACAGGUGAGGUUACACCUGUGCGCCUGCGCUGCUGGUUGACUGAAACCAGUUUGUGUUCUCUCCUCGACCCCACUUGUUGACGGGGCACCGAGGGACUCGUCCUCAAUUCUUAUGCGUAAUUCGGAUCUAACUCCAUCGGGCGGUGGAAGUUUCGAGCUGCGCCGUUUCCGGACAGAUGGCUGCGAUGGGAGGCGAUCGGUAAAAGCCCUCCGCGUCGGAUUACACGGGCGGGCUGCUGCCAGGUAAGAGCGGCGGCAGAAUGGGGAACCAGAUGGACAGGCUGUCACAUUUAAGUUACGCAGAAGUUCCCACGGUGGACCCGAACGGCGUGGACACGGACGACGGUCCGCGCAUCGGCGUCUCCUACAUCUUCUCGAGUGACGACGACGAGCUGGAGGACGGAUGCGCGGUGGACGGCGGAGGAAAACACGCCGACGAGGAAGAGAAAAACUACGACCAGCGCGACGAGGUGGAGUGCGCCGUCUACCACAGAGAGGAGUGCGUCUACGAGAAGAGCGCCAAGUGCGCAAACCUGGAGGUGUACUCCCCGGAGAACCUGCUCAACAAGUGCAAGGCGGGGGACCUGGUGGAGUUCGUGGCCACGGGUCAGUUCCCGCACUGGGCCGUGUAUGUCGGGGACUUCCAGGUGGUGCACCUGCACAGAGCCGAGGUGAAAAACAGCUUUCUGACCGACGCCAGCCAAGGGAGGAGGUGUCGGGUGGUGAACGACUGGUUUAAAUUCAAGCCCCUGUGCGCGGAGGUGGUGGUGCAGAACGCGAUGGAGCAGGUGGGGCUGAAGGACCGGGAGCUGAGCUGGAGGAACUCGGAGAGUUUCGCCGCCUGGUGCCGGUUCGGCAAGAGGGAGUUCAAGAUGGGCGGGGAGAUCCGGAUCGGCAAGCAGCCCUACAGGCUCAAGGUGUUCGUGUCGGACAAACACUCGCACGUGUUGGAGUUUCAGAGCUUGGAGGACGUGAUCAUGGAGAAGAGGAGGAACGAUCACCUGGGCAGGGCGGCCGUGCUGCGCGAGCUGGCCGCGCACUUCAGAGGCGUGGAGGAGAGGACGAAUGAGAUGGGAGUGGAAUGAUGUCCUCCAGACGUCUGUUACGCUGUCCUCUUCAAUCUGUAGCAGUCCUCGUUGAUUUUACAGGGCUUUGCAAAAAAAUAUUCGCACCCCCUAAACAGGUUCCCAUUUUGUCACACAGCCGCCCAAAAAACGGUCUGUAUAUCGGGGGUCUCUCUGUGAUAGACCAACACUAAGGUGCACACACCUAUGAUGUGAAAGGAAACUCAUACUUAGUUUUAUUACUUUGAAAAGUAAGACAUGCAUGUGCAUUUAGCCCUCUGACACCCCUAUAGAAAUGUGAAAGUUUGACUAAAAUGAAGCGUUUCAGCCUGGGUGCAAAGGUUUUAAGCAUGGCGGAGCGAAGUACACAGGCGCACGUUCCUUUGAACACAUCAUCCUCACUGUUAAACACGGUAGUGGCAGCAUCAUGCUGUGGGCCUGCUCAGGUUAAGCAGGGCCAGAGGAUUUGGUCAUAGUUAAUAAGAAGCUGGACGGCGCUAAAUGCAGGACAAUCCUGGAAGAAACCGGGGUGGAGGUUCUCACGACCGCGCAGAUAACAACCAGAGCUACGACUGAAAGAUUUAGAUCAAAGCACGUACAUGUGUUAGAAAGGUCCAGUCAAAGUCAAGACUAGGUCUGUGCAUAAAAAUCCAUAC